AUGGCAUAUCACCUUAUCAAAGGUUUCAUUGAGCAUCUCACAAGAAAAGAGGAGUUUUUUGUGAUUAUUGUGGGUAAGAAUGACGCGAUGAAAGGGAAGACGUUCCUCGAGAAAAUCAAGUCUAUGUAUAACAAAACGCCACCUUUGCCAUCAGACAAAAUCGCUCCGACGAUAGGACAAAACAGGGACAUCUUGCAGUUUUGGGAUCUCGGCGGCCAACGCGAUAUACGCAAUAUCUGGGAGAGAUAUUAUGAUGAGUGCCAUGCUGUCGUCUACGUAGUCGACGCUUCAGAUGUCGAACGAAUGUCGGAAGGAUGGGAAAUUUUCGAUGCUGUCCUCAACCACCCGCGAAUUAUGGGGUUGCCCUUGCUUCUUCUUGCUAAUAAGCAGGACCUGCCUGACAGCUUCUCCGUUGAGGCCAUAAGAGCAAACUAUGAAGAAUGGUGGCAACUAAGGAACGCGGAGGAAGCUCAUCGACUAGGUGGCCGUCAGAUAGAACGAAGAAUGGCUAGUCUCAACGUCAUGGGUGUGUCGGCUAUCGAAGGGACCGGAAUCCGGGAAGCUGUAGAUUGGUUGUUUCUGAGAGUGCAGAACGCUAGAAGGUGA